UGAGCUGGUGCGGCUGCGCGGUGCGGCGUUGCUGGUGCUGCUGGAAACUUUGUAUCACUCUUUACAUCUUGACGAAGAUAUCACUCGAUAAUGUCACAUCCCACGGAAGACAAGCUGUUUCCAACCAUAAGCUGGUGACAGGGGGAAGGGGACAUGGCUGGUUUCGUCGCUCCUCAUCACCGAGCCGCCGUACCCGGGGUCCGGGGUCAGUUUGUACCGAAGCUAGCCGGAGUUCCUACCGCUGGACACUGCGUACUAGCCUAACCAGCCCACCACCUAUAAUAACAACUCCUCAAUAAGACAGUCUAGCAUGAUGCUCACACUCUAACAAGAGGACAAUUCUCAUAUCUGGAUUGGAUUUAUCAGUCACCAUGUCUGACCAAAACUACUAUUGGACCGUGUUGCCGAGCUACAAAACUAGUUUUGUGACUGGGGCCAUGAUGAAAAGAUCAAAAAGUUCUCGUAACAACAAAAGAAGGAGUUUGGCGGUCGGGACCCCCUCACCCACACUCUCACGACCCCUUUCACCUCUCCCACUUGCCACAGCUGGCAGCAGCCCUUCAGAAAGCCCCAGAAAUGUCUCUGCCAGCACCUCUGCCAAUUUCCAGUUUGCCCGCAGCCAACUGGCCCGCAACGAAAGCAGCAGAGUGGACGGGAGACGGUGGUCCGUGGCGUCGGUUCCCUCGUCUGGAUACUGCACCAAUGCUACCAGUUCAUCAGUAUCUUCCUCUUCUUCCCAGGAGUUAUUGCACCAGUUGCCCUUCCAGCCCACGCAAGAUGAUCUCCACUUCCUGUUCAAACAUUUCCGGAGCACGGAGAGUGUGGCAGACGAAGAAGGAGCGCAGGCCUCGCCCCCUGUCAGGCUCCGUUCACGCAGUCUCAGCCCUGGAAGGACCUGUGGAACAUUUGACAAUGAAAUCGUCAUGAUGAAUCACGUCUACAAAGAACGUUUCCCUAAGGCAACAGCCCAGAUGGAGGGUCGGCUGCUCGACAUCAUCGCUGAGGUUUCCCUGGACACCGCUCUGCCUCUGGCUGACGGGGUGCUGGGAUUCAUUCAGCACCAGCUGGUGGAGCUCGCCAGAGACUGUCUGGAUAAGUCCCAGAAUGGCCUGGUCACCUCCAGGUACUUUGUGGAGCUGCAGGAGAAACUGGAGAAGCUGCUGCACGAGGCGUAUGAGCGUUCAGAGAGCGAGGAGGUGGCCAUCAUCACCAAACUGGUGAAGACGAUUCUCAUCAUCAUCUCCAGGCCGGCCAGGCUGCUGGAGUGUCUGGAGUUUGAUCCAGAGGAGUUUUACCAACGUUUGGAGGUGGCAGAGGAUCAGGCCAAAGUCGGCCACGGCAUCAAGACAGAUAUUCCCAAAUACAUCAUCAGCCAGCUCGGCCUCACCAGAGAUCCCUUGGAAGAGAUGGUCCACCUGGAGCAGACCAGUCCGAGCCACAGAGCCAACAGAGAGUCUGACGACACAGGAGACGGUACACAUAUGCAGGGCCGAGCAGCCUGCACCCCUUCUCGUAGGAAACCACUGGAGAGUGACUUUGAGACCAUCAAGCUCAUUAGCAAUGGCGCCUAUGGGACUGUAUUUCUGGUGCGCCACAAGGAGACCCGUCAACGGUUUGCCAUGAAGAAGAUCAACCGGCAGAACUUGGUGCUGAGGAAUCAAAUCCAGCAGGUGUUUGUGGAGCGAGACAUCCUCACCUUUGCUGAAAACCCAUUUGUGGUUUCUAUGUUCUGCUCCUUUGAGACACGGAGGCACCUCUGCAUGGUCAUGGAGUAUGUGGAAGGUGGGGAUUGUGCCAACCUGUUGAAGAACAUCGGUCCUCUGCCUGUGGACAUGACUCGGCUGUAUUUUGCUGAGACUGUCUUGGCUUUGGAGUAUCUUCACAACUACGGGGUUGUACACAGAGACCUCAAACCAGACAAUUUGUUAAUCACCUCCAUGGGACACAUUAAGCUGACAGACUUUGGGCUGUCAAAGAUCGGUUUAAUGAACAUGACCACCAACUUAUAUGAAGGACAUAUCGAAAAGGAUACCAGGGAGUUCAUCGACAAACAGGUGUGUGGUACUCCUGAGUACAUUGCUCCAGAGGUGAUCCUGAGGCAGGGCUAUGGCAAGCCAGUAGACUGGUGGGCUAUGGGCAUCAUCCUGUAUGAGUUCUUGGUGGGCUGUGUGCCUUUCUUUGGAGAAACACCAGAACAGCUGUUUGGUCAGGUGGUCAACGACGACAUAAUCUGGCCUGAGGGGGAGGACGCUCUGCCGGCUGAUGCCCAGGACCUGAUCACCAGACUGCUGAGACAGAGCCCUCUGGAUCGACUGGGAACAGGUGGAACCACUGAGGUGAAGAUGCACAUGUUCUUCCACGGUCUGGACUGGAAUGGCCUGCUGAGACAGAAAGCUGAAUUCAUACCUCAACUAGAGACUGAGGACGACACUAGUUACUUUGACACUCGAUCGGAGCGCUACUGUCACCUGGACUCGGAUGAUGACGAUGAAACCAACGAUGAUGAAUCAUCUCUAGAGCUCCGACAGUUCUCCUCUGUGGCUCACCGCUUCAGCAAGGUGUACAGCAGCACGGAGCAUCUGUCCACCUCCACGCCGUCCAACCAGAGCCUGUCGUCGCCGGAGCGCAGCCAGAGCGAGGAGAAGGAGGAGCGCUGGGAGGGCAGGGGAGGCCUCUCCCCAUGCGAUGGAAACAAACACUUGGCCAGUGGAGACAGGCGGGCAGAUGGACCCAGGGGGAGUCUGCGUCCUCGUGCUUCCUCCAGCUCCUCUCAGUCAGAGCGCAGUGCGAGCCCGCUGGUGAUGAACAGCACCCAGAGCCUCGACAUCAUGCCCCGCUUCGCCAUCUCGGCCGAGGAAGAAGAUGGGUUGGUUUCCAACCUGCAGCGCAUUCGGCUCCGGAGCAACAGCACCGGCACCAGGCCGUCCUUCCGCAGAGGGGCGUCCCGGCGCAUCGCCCACCAGCUGGAGACCCCAGAGAAACCCAGAUCCCCCGCUGGAAAAGUCCCCAAGUCUGCAUCUGUCUCUGGCCUGUCCCUCAUCAUCACCCCAGAUGACUCUGCAGGUCCUCCCACGAGCCCCAAAUCGUCCCUGUCCCUGUCGUCCAACCCCUCGUCCAGGGACUCGUCCCCCAGCAGGGACCUCUCUGUCAACGUCAGCUGCCUCCGGCCCCCUGUGGUCAUCCACAGCUCUGGGAAGAGGUUCGGCUUUGCGUUACGAGCUAUCAGAGUCUACAUGGGGGACAGUGACGUCUACACCGUUCACCACAUGGUCUGGUGUGUUGAGGAAGGCAGUCCUGCGCACGAGGCAGGGUUGAGGGCCGGUGACCUCAUCACUCAUAUCAACGGGGAGUCGGUCCAAGGACUCGUCCACACUGAGGUCGUGGAGCUGCUGCUGAAGAGUGGCAACAGGGUGACUCUGCAGACUACCGCUCUGGAGAACACUUCCAUCAAGGUGGGCCCUGCCAGGAAAUCCAGCUACAAGGCCAAGAUGGCCCGACGCAGCAAGAAGAGCAAGAAGAAGGACGGACAGGACAGCCGACGACGUAGCAUCUUGAAGAAGCUGUCUAAGCAAACGCCUCCUCCGCCCAUGCAGAGCAGUCGUAGCUUCUCUUCGGGUUUCCACCAGUCAUCCAGCGACAGCCUCUCCGGCUCCCCCACACAGAGCCUCUCUCCUGGGCCAUCCACACCGUGUCGCUCCCCUGCUCCCGAUUACUCUGGAGAUUCAAGUUCCUCUCCGUGUUCCAGCUCCCCUAACUCUCCUGUCCCACAGCCCCGCCCCAGUUCCCUACAUGUUUUGGGUCGCUACACCAAAGCUGGCCGCUGCAAGUCCACCAGCAGCAUCCCUCCUUCACCUCUGGCCUGCAUCCCGCCUCCUCAGCCCCUCUCUCCGCAGUGCUCUCCAUCCUGCCUCCCGAAUCACCCCAAGUCUCUUCAGGGUUUUCAUGGAAAGACGUUGUCCCCUCCCACUAUCACCCGCCACUCUGUGCGUCCCCGCAGCGCAGAGCCGCCACGCUCACCGCUCCUCAAGAGGGUGCAGUCAGCGGAGAAGCUGACUGGAGACAAGAUGACAGGGGGCUACCAUGCUGAGAGGAAGGCCUACAGCACCCGCCGCCACACCAUGGAGGUGCCUCUGUCUGAGGCGGAGGGGCUGGAGGACAUGGAGGGGGACACCGCCACUGGGUUCGUCUGUGUCGGGGAGCACGGCCGUCAGGGUUUGUUCAUCGGGCAGAGAGGCUACCAGGACUCAGCCAGCGGAGGCAGCGAGCUCUACCGCUCCACCGCCUCGCCACAACACCGCAGCAGCAACCACCACUCCAACGAGGUGGUGGUGAUGAGGAAGCUGGCCCUGUCGGAGCGAAGGGAUUCCUUUAAGAAGCAGGAGGCCGUGCAGGAAGUGAGUUUCGACGAUUUGGAGGAGAGAGAGGCAACCCCGAGCCCAACGCCUCCUCUCACGCAGCCCAAGGAUUUCAAGGCGUCCUGGAUCAACUCGGACAAGGCACAAUCUGCUGUGAAACUGGAAGGAAGAGGAGCACAGGGUACAACAACACCGCAGAAAGCCAAGUCAAAAGACAAAGGAGGGUUUUAGUUUUAUCGCUUUGCCAGGAAAACAGUACAAUGAAGAGUGUCUAGGCUGAUUAGUGAAGAAGAGUCUUUGACCUGCUACUGUAACUUACAUUUGAAGGCCUUGCAUGUGUCCAGAAAACUGUGACCAAGUCAAAAAUCAUCACAAGCAUCACCUCGAAGACGGAAGAGCAAAUUAACAUCAAUUUUUCUCAGUAAUAUAUGCAUCCUGCAACACUGUUAACAGAAUAAUGACUGUCCAACUUCGUCCACUUCCUAGUUGCUUGUUUUCUCUCUGUGGGACCUGGAACUGAUGUAUUUUGUAAAUAGUUUUUGUUUUAAAUGAAGGAGACUUAUUUAUGAAUUUGAUUUGUAUGCUCAUCUUUGUUUGUGGUUGCUGAAAAUGCCUUGGAUGCUUCAGCCUACUCUUGCACAAAAGAAAAGCCAUGGAACAACUCUUCAUUGUGGUUUUAUAGCAGGUGCAGAAAAGGGCAGGUACCAUCAGUCAAUAUUGUACCAUAUUUCUUUUAUACCUCAAUACCUGUGUAGAAUUGAGUGUUGUUUCCUGUUCCGUAUGGGUCUUUAAAACAAACCAACGGUGUUUGUCCUGUGACGUAUAAUGUAUUAUAGACUCAAGAAGAUGUUGCUGACUCUCCAUCAUACAGAUUGUGGUGGCUCACAAUUAGACUCAUAGAACAAAGGCCUUGUAUCAAUAUUUUGACAAAUAUCAACAGCUCAAUACUCAAGGGCGUAGCUGUGGUGCCAAAGCAUGGUUUAUCCAUAGGAACCAUUUAAACGGAGGUACUGUAGUUGUACAUAAGAAGCUUCAUGUAUGCAUGGGCUAUACGUCCACUUCCUUUCUGUCCUGUAAAAAAAAGUGUGUCACUGAUCAACACAGGUGUCUAGAUAAAGCUUUGUGACUACCCUCGAUAAGCAGACUGUUGUCCCCGUCACCCUUGUUGAAUCGAGCCUCCGUCCACCUCCCCCCACAAACCUUGUCUAGCUGAAGUGCACCAGUUGUCGUAUCCGUAUAAAAGUUAGCGCACAUUUUAAUAUUUCAGGACAAUUUCAUUCACUGAUGGAUUCAAAACUUGUACAGUUGAUGCCACAAAGAAAACUAGUUCCCUUGGCUGUUUUCUUAAAAUGGGUGUUAUGAAUGAUUGUUUACAUUUUAGUGCAAAUAUGUGUGUGCUCAUGGUUUUUGUUAAAUUAUUUAAAAAAAAAAGAAAAGUGAAUGACAGGGAAGUCAACCAGAAGCCCUGCGCGGAUGAAGGAAUGAGUAGAGGUGAUCUCCUUUUUGUAUAUUUUGAUAUGGAAACAGUCUUGUUGCAGUACUAAUAGCCCAUGCUGUUGAUGUAUAUUGUAUAAACAAUGGUGGACCUUAUAACAGCUGUUGAAAGUGUUUUUUGAAAGUGACCUUGUAAGGGUAGAUGGACUCGGAUGCAUUGUGUAAUGUCACUUAUGUGACAGGGUCUUAAUCUCAUGUUGUGAUCAGCUUCAAAGGUUUGUGCAUGUUUCACAUCCCAAUAUAAAAUUCCUGCAAUUUUAAAACAUAUUUUUAGUUUUUCUUGAAUUUGAUGCUAAGUCACUGGUUUGGUCUUUAAAAUUAGCGUCUUGUUAAGAAAUGUGAACAAAUUGCUUUUGGUUUUAUCUUCUUUCUACAUUUUUUGUUCCUUUUUUUUAAAAGCUGUUAUUUAUUGUUUUUAUUCAGAAACUGUUUUGAUCAGCAACCAAAAAUGAAUAUUUAAACUAAUUAAUUUGACUUUUUUGAGAUAAGACUUUUGUCCUGUGUUCUUGUUGGAUUUUGGAGUAGAGGGAACUGUUAAUUUGGGAAUUUAUAACGGAUGUUUAGCACAUACUAAACCUUGAACGGUGCUUAUAGAUUGUUAGAAGCUUGUUUGUUACACAUCGGUGAGGAAACUGUGUGUCUCUGUAGGAUUUAUCAGCGAUUUUCUGAUGCAAUUAACAUCAUGGUAUGUUAUGAUUUAAGAUCCCUUUAUUUUGUACCAACACCAAACAGCCAUAUUAUCUCUCGACCUUAAGUUGUAUCAUCAUGUUAUACUUCUUCAAACCAAGACUUCAUUUUGUGGGGAUAGGCUGUCCAUGUUAGGUGUUUGGCAUCACACAUUAAAAUGAAGCUCCAGUGUGUUUGUGUGUGUGUGUGUGAUAAACUCAAUGUGUUCAUAUGGGGGCUCAACUGUUUUCUCUCCAUUCAACCCCUUGUUCCUAGAUGACAAACUGGCCUUUAUGAAAUUCCUACCAUGUGGGUAUCUGAUGCAGACUCGUGUGACAUUUUUUUUUAUUGUCUUAACAGUGCUUGAAAUAAAUGCAUUGCAAAGGGGCUACAAGGUCCAGGAAUACAAA